AUUGAAUACACGGUUUGUAUUGAAGUGAACACAACCUCUGGUGUAGUGAAAGGUCUGACUAUCGAUGUGUUGAACACAAGUGUUGACCAGUUUUUGGCCAUACCUUAUGCCGAANGUGUUGACCAGUUUUUGGCCAUACCUUAUGCCGAACCCCCGGUAGGGGUACUCAGGUUUGCCAAACCGGUGCCACUCAGACAUCCCAUACAAGACAUAAUAGACGGCACAGAGACUGGAAACUCUUGUAUGCAAUUCAUUCCCAAUUACUUAAAGGAUUUUUUCGGGAAUUUAACCUUAAGUGAAGACUGUUUGGUAUUAAACGUAUGGACACCACAUGUGGACAACAAAUGCCAAACGAAAGCAGCCCUAAAACCGGUCAUGUUUUGGAUACACGGAGGGGCUCUCGUGUUAGGCUCAUCUUUUCAGGAGAUGUACAACGGCUCAGCUCUGGCCACACAUGAUGUGGUGGUUGUGUCCGUCAACUAUAGGUUAGCAAAGUUUGGGUUCUUAUACGGGGAUCGGGAGGACGCGCCCGGAAAUGUCGGCUUUUAUGACCAGUUAUUGGCUCUCAAAUGGGUUAAAGAAAACAUCCACAAGUUUGGCGGAGAUAGGGAUCAGAUCACCAUUUUUGGUGAGAGCGCCGGCAGUUGGUCCGUAUCCGUACAGCUAUUGUCGCCGUUAUCUAAAGGCCUAUUCAAGAGGGCUAUACUGGAGAGCGGCGCCCAUAUGUUCAAUAAAGACAGGGAUUUAAAGACAGCGCCGGAAGCGUUAACUGAAGCCAUACAAUUGGCCGCACAUUUAAAUUGUAGUCAAACACAGAUUGAAUGGUUAGAGUGUUUGAGACAAUUAGACGCCGACGAGAUAAAUGUUGACGCACUCAACGCUGGCGUUACUGCGGCCACUCUCGGCACUGAAUACCUCCCGGUGUCCGCACACCAGGCCUUUCAGACCAAACAGUUUAACAAAGAUCUAGAUGUGUUGGCCGGUGUGGCCCAACACGAGGGCUCACUUAUAUUAUCAAUGAAUACUCCGGGAAUUCCGCAAAAUAUAAGCGAAAAACAGUUUCACGAUUACGCGCAGGGAUUUAACUCAAUCUUUCAUAACCUAAACGCCGACAAUAUUACAACGUUUUACAUGUCGUCCAUCAAUAAGUCGGAUCUCGAAGCAGUCAAAUGGCAAUUAAAUGAUCUCUUCGGCGAUCUAAUGAUCACAUGUCCGACACAUCAGUUUGCCAUCAAUUAUGGCCAACAAUCGGCCGAAAGUAAUGUGUAUUUCUAUGAACUGACAUAUCAUAGGACACCAGCAAAACCGGGUCCCGACAUGUUUGGUGUCACUCAUGGCGAAGAAGUGCCGUUUGUUUUCGGUCUACCAUUACUUUAUCCACAGAAAACUGAUACAGAAGUAGACAAACAAUUUAGUCGGGAUGUCAUGAAAAUGUGGACCGAUUUCGCUAAAUAUGGGAAACCAACUGUCGAUUGGCCUAAACUUAUUGACAAUAAAAUGAAAGAUUAUGUGCCGAAAGCCAAAGAACUCAAUCCAUACAAACUUUGGCAUAAUUUCAAUAAUUUAUUCAAUACUACUUGCGAUGGCUUUUGGAAACACUAUUAUAAU